UAGUGUAAAUUGUAAAAUGUCGAUAAUUUUUCAAAGUAAUUUAAAGAAGCGUGAAAUGCAAAGAACUCAACGGCUUACUAAAGAAUUGGCCAAAAUAACUCAAAAUCCUCCCUCAGGAAUCAGUUUAUCUCCAUUAAACGAUAAUUUGGAUUAUUUCCAAGCAAGUUUAGUUGGUCCUAAUGGCACGCCAUAUGAGCAAGCAGUUUUUAACUUAGAGAUAGUGAUACCACAGAACUACCCCUUUUCACCACCUUCUGUGAAGUUUAAAACGAAGAUUUAUCACCCAAACAUCGAUGACACUGGAAGAAUUUGUUUAGACUUAUUAAAAAUGCCACCUAAAGGCUGUUGGAAGCCAACAAUUGGUUUGGAAGGCCUGUUAAUAGCAAUAAGAAUGUUAUUGGAACAUCCCAAUCCAGAAGACCCUCUUAUGAUUGAAAUUGCUGAGGAAUUUAAAAAUAACUAUUCACAAUUUAUUUCAGUAGCCAGGGAAUACUCUAAACAAUAUGCUAUUAAGCAUUCCUGAUAAUAUUUCCAUUUGUUUAAUGAAAUGUGUUGUAUUUAACUAUGUACUUGAAUACUUUAUUUAAUUCCAUUUUCAAUUUUAAUUAAAAUUAUGAUACCAAAUUA